AUGACUGUCCAGUUGCUGAUCUCAGCUCAGGACGUGGAGAACUACAAGCUGAUCAAGGCAGAUCUGGAUCGCCUCCGAACAUUGGUGGAGAAAUCUGAACUGUGGGUGGAGAAGAAGAGCUCGGGUGGAGGGGACGGGAAGAAAGACAAGAAAGACAAGAAGGAAAAAGGAGAGGGGGCAUCAGAGGACGUGACACCCAAGAAGGAGAAACUGGAGAAGGGCAACGAGAACUACCAGAACGUCAAAGAGAUCUUGGAGAGGUUAAAUAAGAUGUGCAGCACUGGUGUUUGGAAAAAGCAGCAGAGGUUGUUGAAGAACAUGGGAGCUCACAAAGUCAUGCUGGACCUGCUGCAGGUGUCCUACGACCAGAACGAUGUGAAGAUGCAGGAGAUCAUCAGGUACACUCACCUGUUCCUACAGAAGUUCUGUACGGGGAACCAGGAGAACCAGGCUCUGCUGCACAAGAACCUCAGUCUCUUCCUCAACCCUGGGCUGCUGGAGGCAGAGACGGUGCAGCACAUCUUCAGUAACAACUACCAGCUGUGCAGCGAGAUCUCAGAGAGCGUCCUUCAGCACUUCAUCCACUGUCUGGCCACGCACGGCCGCCACGUUCAGUACCUCAACUUCCUCCACACCAUCAUCAAGGCCGAGGGCAAGUACGUCAAGAAGUGUCAGGACAUGAUCAUGACGGAGUUAACUAACUCCGGCGAGGACGUGGUCGUCUUUUACAACGACAAGGCCUCCUUCAACGUCAUGCUGGAGCUGAUGGCGGAGAGCAGGGAGGGGGUCGGCGAGAACAGCCCGCUCAGGUAUCACAUCUCUCUGGUGGAGCUGCUGGCAGCCUGUGCUGAGGGAAAGAACGUUUACACUGAGAUCAAAUGUACAUCCCUGCUGCCUCUGGAGGACGUAGUGAGAGUGGUGACACAUGAGGACUGCAUCACCGAGUUUGAAUGUGUUUCUUGUUUCUUACGGGUCUGCAGUUAUCACAUCUCUUCUGUGGAAUCUGGCUGGCAGCCUGUGUGUACUGAGGGAACGGUCGUGGGUGUGGUGUACGUUAUGUGGUUUGUAACAAACGAGAGAAGCGUCUCUCUUGAUCCGCAUCCUGGAGAAAUACAUGCGAGUCAACGUGGUCUUGUUGAACCAUCCAACGCCUUCUUCAGCUCCCCUUUGCUCCGAGAGACAGGCACCUCUCUGCAGACUCAUGUAACACCCCCUUGGGUACACGCCGAUGCUAAGAGUCGUUCGAUCGCUCUUCCUCUGGACCUGGAGGCUCAGAUCAGCUCCAUGUUAUCCACGUCUGCUCUCAACUCUCUGUCCCGCUCCAACCCGAACUACAAGUCCUCGUCCCGCUCCUCCAGAACCAUCGCUCCCAGCAACCCCUGGGACUACAAGAACAUCAUAGAGAAACUGCAGGACAUCAUCAACACUCUGGAGGAGCGUCUGAAGCCGCUGGUGAACGCGGAGCUGUCGGUGCUGGUGGACGUCCUUCACCAACCAGAGCUCCUGUUCCUGGAGGGAACCGACGCCCGACAGCGCUGCGAGUCCGGAGGAUUCAUCUCCAAGCUGAUCCAGCACACCAAAGCUCUGAUGUCUUCAGAGGAGAAGUUGUGUAUCAAAGUCCUGAGGACUCUGCAGGAGAUGCUGAUCAGGACUCUGGACUUUGAUGAAAAGGGAAUCGCGCUGCGGAAGGUUUUGCUGCAGAACUACUUGUUUCCAAACAAGAAGAACAACCCGAAGAAUGACCUGGCUGAGCUCGGAGCUGCAGGCGGGGAGCAGGAGCGGGACUGGGCGGCGGUGGCGGCGGUUCAGUGUCGUCUGGACCGAGAAGGAGGAACGAAGCUGUUCACCGAUCUGGUGAUGAGCACCAAGAACGACAAGAUCUUCCAGGAGAGCAUCCAGGUGGCCAUCUGUCUGCUGGAGGGAGGGAACACGGAGAUACAGAACUCCUUCUACAAACUGAUGAUGGGCGACAACAAGUCGGAGAAGUUCUUCAAGGUUCUUCACGACCGGAUGAAAGAAGCUCAGACAGACAUAAAAGCUACGGUGUCUGUUAACGUCGGAGAGAUGACGCACAAGGCCAACGAGAAGGAGCUGGAGACUGGCGGCUCUACAGCACUAGUACUUCCUGGUACAGCAGGUCACCCAUUGUUGGUCCAGGGCCAGUCCAUUGCCCCGGUGCCGGGCGCCACAGCCCUGCCGGUCCAGCCAGUAGCGGAGCAGAGGGAGGUGGAGACGGAGAUGGGACCCGCUGUGACCAUCAUGAAACCGAUCCUAAGGUUCCUGCAGCUGCUGUGUGAGAACCACAACCACGAUCUGCAGAACUUCCUGCGCUGCCAGAACAAUAAGACCAACUACAACCUGGUGUGUGAGACUCUGCAGUUCCUGGACAUCAUGUGUGGAAGCACCACGGGAGGACUGGGCCUGCUAGGCCUCUACAUCAACGAAUCCAACGUCCACCUGAUCACUCAGACCCUGGAGACACUCACUGAGUACUGCCAGGGCCCCUGUCAGGAGAACCAGACGUGUAUAGUUACCCACGAGUCCAACGGCAUCGACAUCAUCACAGCCCUGAUCCUGAAUGACAUCAGUCCUCUGUGCCGGUACCGGAUGGAGAUGGUGCUCCAGCUGAAGGUGGAGGUGAUAAAGAAGGCCUACCAUCAGGACAGUGAGUGUGAGCUUGAGGAGGUGGAGGUGGAGGUUUCCCCCCGCGAGGUGGGACACAACAUCUACAUCCUGGCUCAGCAGCUGGCGAGACACAACAAGGUCCUGCAGAACCUCCUGAAACCUCCGAAGAACAGCAAAGAGGGAGAGGAAGGGAUCUCCUCCAUGUUGAACCUGAACAACCGUCCUCUGUCCCAGAUGUUGAAGUCUUCAGCUCCAGCUGCUGUUGUGGAACAGGACCCACUGGAGUACUACGACCUGCUGACCUCACAGAUAGAGAUCGUCCGUGAGGACCGCAGUAUGGAACAGAUCGUGUUUCCCGUUCAUCCGAUCUGCGAGUUUCUGACCGAAGAGUCCAAGUUGAGAGUGUUCAACACCACGGAGCAGGACGAGCAGGGGUCAAAGGUCACGCACUUCUUUGAACAGACGUCCUUCCUGCACGGAGAGAUGGAGUGGCAGAAGAAGCUGAGGAGUAUGCCGGUGUUGUACUGGUUCUCCAGGAGGAUGUCUCUGUGGGGAACCAUUUCCUUCAACCUCGCCGUCUUCAUCAACCUCAUCAUCGCCUUCUUCUACCCCUACGACUCUGGACAAGUAGGCGCGAUUGACGACUCCCUGUUGCUGAUGCUGUUCUGGAUCCUGAUCGGUCUCUCUGUGUUGGCCCUGCUCUCUCAGCGUUACGGCCUCCAGCCGCUCACCCUCGCUCUCAUCCUCAGAUCCAUCUACCACCUCGGCAUCGGCAACACGCUCAUACUGCUGGGAUCACUCAACCUGAUCAACAAGGUGGUGUUUGUGGUGAGCUUCGUGGGGAACAACGGGACGUUCAUUAUGGGAUACAAAGCCAUGGUGAUGGAUGUGGAGUUCCUAUACCACCUGGCCUACGUCCUCACCUCCACACUGGGACUGUUUGUCCAUGAGCUCUUCUACAGCAUCCUGUUGUUCGACCUGAUCUACCGGGAGGAGACUCUGUUCAACGUGAUAAAGAGCGUCACUCGGAACGGGCGCUCCAUCCUGCUGACGGCACUGCUCGCUCUCAUCCUCGUCUACCUCUUCUCCAUCGUUGGCUUCCUCUGCCUGAAGGAUGAUUUCAUCAUGGAAGUCGACCCGCUGUUGCAGAUUGCUGCAGGUCCUCAGCAGAGUGAAGCCUCUCAGGAUUUCAUCAAUUCGUGUUCUACAGACGGAGUCAGCUGCACGUCGGAGACCGACGCUGUCACCGUCGUUGAGGAGGAAGAGGAGCCGAGCUCGGAGCGAGCAUGUGACACUCUGCUGAUGUGUAUCGUCACUGUGUUGAACCACGGACUGAGGAACGGAGGAGGAGUCGGAGACGUUCUCCGAAAACCGUCCAAGAACGAGACGCUGUUUCCGGCCCGGGUGGUAUACGACCUGUUGUUCUACUUCAUUGUCAUCAUCAUCGUCCUAAACUUGAUCUUUGGCGUCAUCAUUGACACAUUCGCCGACCUGAGGAGUGAGAAACAGAAGAAAGAGGAGAUACUGAAGACCACAUGUUUUAUCUGCGGUCUGGAGCGAGAUAAGUUUGACAAUAAGACGGUGUCAUUCGAAGAGCACAUCAAACUGGAGCACAACAUCUGGAACUACCUGUACUUCAUCGUUCUGGUGCGUGAGAAGAACAAGACGGACUACACCGGACCGGAGAGCUACGUCGCUCACAUGAUCAAAAACAACAACUUGGACUGGUUUCCACGGAUGCAGGCCAUGUCUCUGGUGGUAACCGACGGCGACGGGGAGCAGAACGAGAUGAGGAUGUUACAGGACAAACUGGCAGCGACAAUGAAGGUCGUGACGACCCUAACGACUCAGCUGACUGAGCUCAAAGAGCAGAUGACCGAGCAGAGGAAGAGGAGGCAGAGGAUGGGAUUCGCUGACGUCCAGGCGGGAGCGAGCGCAGCGCUGCCGCCCAGCGCCGCCGGAGGGAACCACCAGAUCUACAAACAAUAAAGAACUGAUUACUGUUCACUACAACAUCUGUACACCACACAGCUGGACUGAUGGACCGCCUCACACACGAUUGUCCUGCAGAAAAACACUAGAAUAUUAAACAGAAAGCUGAUGUUUCUCACUGAAAACACAAGAUUCUUUUUGUUUACUUUUACUUUUUAAUGUGUCUCUGCUCCCGAAUGAGUAAGAUCUCCGCCAUUACUGUAUAAUGUAAGACAUGUUGAUAGCAUCUCAGCUAAGAUUAGUUCAUAUUUUGAUUAAUUUAAAUAUGUUGUGUGUGUGUGUACAACAGACACGUGAAAGUGACAUAUAUUCAAUAUUGUAGAUAAAAUGAACUCACUUUCUCACUGUUUGUGCGCCGUAUUGGAGGUCUAAAUGAGGCUGUUUUAAGUGAUCGAUCUGACUGAUUUUGUGUUUAGCUAACAUUAGCUCAGUAUGCUAGCCAACGUUUUAGCACAGUGGUUCCCAACUUGGGGGUCAGGACUCCUAUAGGGGUCACCAAAGCUUAAUGGGGGGUCGCAAAGCCUUGAUUUUAAGGGGUGUUAGAAUUUAGUCGUCAUUGUUCUAUUUGUGAAUUAUGAUUUGGGAAAAAUUCAUCCAAAUCGCUUGUUUUACAUAAACUCCAAAUAAAAUAAGUCACUUAGUCAGGGGUCAUCAGUUUACACAGGGGACAAGGUUGGGAACCAGUGUUUUAGCAGAAGCUAACAGCAGCAGCAGCAGUUAUUAGUGACAUUUUCUGGUGGAACUUUGGUUCAGAUUUAAAGUUUGGACCGAGUUAGUUCUUCCCUCUACAAGUGUUGGGAGAGGACUAUGGUCUCAGACUAAAUCCAGACUAAAUCCGAACCCUUUAAUAUAAAUACAUUUUGUGCCAUUUCUGCAGAUCUCCAGGAUGGAGCUUGAACUGAAAUUUGGGAGAUUUGUGAUGCAGCUUUAAAUCUUCUAUAGAGUCCAGAAAUUAUGGUUUUACUUUGGAUCAACCUGGAAGUCACUGAUACUCAGAGUUCCAAAAACAUAUUAUUAAUAAAUCCUGCCUCAAGUUUUGUUCAACAAAAUAGUUUCCAAAACAGAAAAUUAGUAGGGAUGCACAAUACAUCUCAUAAAUUAUAUUUUAUUAUUCCAAUAAAUAAAUUACAGCCAAUUUUUUGUUGCAAAAAUCUUCUGAUCCUGGUGACAAGACGAAUAUCUGAUUAAUAAAAAGUGGGUCAAUUAAAACUCUCUAUUAGUGGGGCAGCCCUAAAAAUAGUAAUUUAUUUUAAAUUCUUAUGCUUACCCUCAUGUGUAUAUACUACAGCCUGUGAUUUUGAUGAUUUUUUUGUUUGUUUAAAAUACAAAAAUGUGAAAUUAUUGUUUAUCUUAUCGCAUUAAAAAAUAUUGUGCAUCCCUAAAAAUGACAGUUGAAACUUUAAUGGGUGUAAUUUCUGGUUUAGAACAAACCAACUGUUUUGGGUUUUGUGAUUUUCUACACAAACUGAAAAACGUAAAAUCUAGAACUCAAAGACUUCCUGGUUGGAGGACUACAAGCUGUCAAUCACUGUUCAGUGUCAUAGUAAAAGGCUAAAAUGUGCGCCUCUGUGUGUGCUUGUAGGCUCAGAGAAUAAUGAGGCAUCAACUCACUUUAGUUAUUUUAAGAAACUGUAAAUAGAGACUGACAUGUGUUUCUUUGCUGAUGACAGGAUGAAAUACUUUGUGAAUGUAAAGUGAGUUGAAACCAACUGUGUGUUUUUUAUUGUAAAUCUAGGGAAACUGUAGUUUUUAAUUGAUAUACAUUAUUAUUAUUAUUAUUAUUAUUAUUAUUAUUAAGGUUUAAUAGUGAUUUAUGUCAGAAGAGAGCAGCUGUUUGUUUCUAACACUGUAACUAGCUCAGUACAGACACUGGAUUAUAGUUGAAUUGCUUUUAGUUUGUGAACAGAAAUAACUUUUUGAGAUGAGACGGGUACACAGAAUGAGGAAGAGGAGGAUGAGGACAGUAUAAUGAAGACCACACAUCUUCAAAAUCAAUAAAAUAUUUACUAUGAAG